UAGCUCUGUUUUUGCUGGACAGGUGGGUAAAUCCACUUUGGUUUUUCUGAAUGGACUUUAGUGUUCGCCUAACAUACACAAGAAGAUAAUAAGCUAGAACACAAGCUUGAAUACAAAAAGGGACGGGAUGAGGGGGAAGGAGGGUCUAGCUAGCCUCCGUUUUGUUUGUGACAUCACCCAACAUCGCUUAGAGCACCUUUAAUGAAAUAUUUCUCAAUACAAAUUUGAGAAGUGUACCAGUUUAAAAAAAAAAAAGAAUAUAUAUACUGUAUUGUAAUCAGGCAUCAUCAGUUACUAACAUGGUUCAAUUGGUGUGUAAUUCAGUAGACUGAACAGAGUGGCCCACCAGAUUUAGUUUCCUGUUCCAACGAUUCCUUAAAAUAGCUCUACUGCUUUUGCUCUGGCACACAGGCGCCAUAUUGAGCCUUGAAAACAACCAUGCAUGUUCUACCAAAAAAAGCAGGCUGGAUUUAUUCUCCAUCCACCGAAUGACAUGCCCUUGGCUGGGAUUGUGAGUCAGAUUUUCUUUGACUAGAAUCGUAGACUAGAAUAGUUCCAAAUGCAAUAUUUUAAUUCAAAUUGCAGCUGAAGAGGUAUACAAAAUCUGUAAAUCCUUAUAAAUCAAGAGUAUUCUACCUAAAUGGAAACAUGGCUAAUCUAUGUCAGAUUAUUGUUGUAGCCUUAAUGUAUUUUUUCACAUGGAUAAAAAGACGUUUAGAUCAGCUACAGAGGUUUUUGUGCUUCAAAAGUAGUUUAAACUGGGAUCAGUUUGAACAAGCAGAUUCUGAUGUUGUUGAAGAGAAGUCUGAUAAUCUACAGUCAGAUGUCUGGAGAACAAAUCAAGACUACAGAACUUAUCGGCACCAGAGCAACGGGCCAAUGGUGAUGGUGCAAACCAGCACACAUUCUUUCCAUGUGGAUCUAGAGAAGCUUGCAGAUUGCAGUGACUAUUUCAAGGCUCUGUCCCACUCCUCCAUGAGAGAGACAUCUGAACGGCUGGUGCACCUUGAACAUGUUCCCUCUCCAGUCUUCCACAACCUUCUAGAAUUUUGCUUUCGACAGCGGUUUUGUGUUCCUGAUGAUCUCCUUGGGGAAAACCUACGGGUAAGCACAUACCUAUUGGCUUCUGGGUUCACAGAUUGUCUACUGAUGGCCCUCUCUCAGGCCCUGACGGAGUGCACCUGUUUGGGGUAUCUACAGCUGGCUGAGGAACUUUGCUGUGUGGAGCUUCAAGAGACUGUCCUAACCUACCUGAGCAAGUAUCUGCUGGAGCUUCCACACCUAAGCAAGGAUUUGGAACCACACCAUAAAGUGGAGCUUCUCAAAUUAAGGUCAAAGGGAAGUCCAUUCUUAUGCUGCUUGAGAAAAGAGAACUUGACCUCAAGUAAUGACCUGGAAACUGAGGCUGUCCGAAGACUCUUUAGGCUGGAGGAAGAAGGGGAUGAUGGGAAAUGGAGUUCUCUCACAGAUUUGCCUUUUUGUGCCGAUAAGUGGUGCUUCACCACAGCGGUUCUCUAUAAUUACCUCUAUCUUAUAGGGGGUUACAGACACCGUGUAAAGAAGGGUUAUGAAUUCAAGAUGGUUUCUUUCCGGUACAACCCCUUUACCAAUCAAUGGGUAUCAACAGCUCCUCUGAUUAAGCACAGGCGUCACUUCAGUGCAGCAGUGUGUGAAGGGAGAAUCUUUGCUGUGGGCGGCUGGUAUCUGGAUUCCCUUGUGACUCCCAACUCCAGCACAAGUGUCUACACUGCUGUAGAGAGGUAUGAUCCAUGGACGGACACCUGGGCAUUCGUUUCCUCUCUCCCUCUGACGGACUUCCAGUUCAGCCUGUCCCUUUCCCAUGAUUCCCCACUCACAACGAGCCUGGGACACUGCCUCUAUGUACUGGGAAACAUCCAAAGAACCGGAGAGAAACUGGUGCUGCGCUACAAUUCAAGACAAGAUUGCUGGUGUGAACUGCUCCCCACUCUAACCCGCACCAAUGCCGAGCUCCCCAUCUUGCACUUCCUGGGUGCUAACGAAAGUCAGUUGGUUAUAAUUGGUGGAAACAAUUCUAAAACCAUGGUGACUUCUUUCUGCGUUGACUCUCAGAAGUGGGGCCGUGUCAGGCCAAUCGAGAAGACCACUUUAAUUGGCCAGGGCACCAUUCGGCAUAACGACGUCUACAUGUCAGGGACAAAGGACAAUUCUGUAGUUAAACUUAACCUGGAUUCCCUGUCUCUCUUUCCUCUUCCUUCACUUCCUUUCUCUACUUGUUAUGAGAGCAUUUUCCACCUCUACAUCUGACCUUAAAAUUGCAAUAAAAUACAACAAUAUUUCAAAAAUGUCGAGAAUGCCAUAAGAACCUGUUAAUGUGGCGUAAUCUUUCAUAAAACACAAUUAUGUCUGCUUGCUAUGACAUGACCAUUACUUUUGUGCAUAUUUUGGAUAAAGCUUUUUUGGUUGUUUUUGCAUGUAAAACGUCCUUUGCUGUGGGCAUAAAUGAUUCCCCAAAUCUUGCAGCUUGUUGAGGAGAGAGGCAUGCUAUUACUUUUCUAGGUAAUCAAAAUUGGGAUUUCAGACCACUUACGUUUUCUUUUUAAAAAGUACUUUACAAAUGUACAAUCUGAUUGUCUAUCAAGUUCCUUAUUCUAUAUUAAAGAUGCGUGCAUUUUA